CAUUAGAAAACCGUUUAAAGGCUUCGAUCACUAGAUCAGUUAUAAGGUAGUAUCUAAGUUUCAUGUACCUGCUAUCUACAAAGCACUCUCRUCGCUGUCAAUAGUAUACCAGAUAUACAAAACGAAUUUCAGAAUUCAUGGUGGACUGACAUGUUAAGACUCAAGUUGCUGUCACGUGGAUUUUAUCACCGCGCUGCUCAGUUAAGCCAGAAAGUUUCACAAURUACUGACAUUCAACAAAAACAUGCAAAGAAUCUAAGGAUUCUGUUUUUCGUGAAUAGGUUUAACGGCCUCAGUCAACGAGUGGCUCAGGAGCUCAGAGAACAAAACCAUGUCGUGGAAGURCAUGAGAUAAGCGAGUCAGCCGAGAUGACUUCUUUGCUGAAUGCAAGCAAACCCGAUCUGGUGCUUUGUCCCUUCUUGACCAAAAGAGUCCCUGAAGAGGUCUGGACCAAUCCCAGCACCCCCUGUUUGAUUGUGCACCCUGGAAGAGAGGGAGACCGCGGUGCAUCGUCAUUGGAUUGGGCAAUAAAAGAAGGAAAGAAGAUAUGGGGAGUGACGGUAAUGGAGGCCGCUGAAGAAAUGGAUUCUGGGGAUAUUUGGAGUACUAUGGAUUUUGAUAUAAAUCGCUCYAACAUAAACACACUUCGAAAAUCGAGUUUGUACGACCAUGAAGUAACAAAUGCCGCUGUCUACAACUGCUUACAGUCGGUGAAAAACAUGAUCGAAAAGAACRACCCCAGRCCCCUUGAUUACUCUCUGCCGCAUGUCAAAGGAAAGCUGAGGCGAAACAUGAAGAAGAGCGAUCGUAUAAUAGACUGGGAAUUACCCAUGGAAGAAGUUKCAAGGAUAGUGCGCAUGUCUGACUCGUCGCCAGGUGCUGUCGCUAAGUUACGACCGAAARGAACUGAAUCUAAMUGGACAGAAGAAAUGAGAGUGUUUGGCGCUCAUCUUGAGGAAGAUGCUCUUCGCAAUGUUAAAGGCGWUCCAGGAGAAAUCAUCGGUCAGYGUGAUGAGGCAGUACUGGUCAAGUGCGGUCAAGGGGCUGUGUGGAUUUCACACAUUAAGAAGAAAAAACUGAAGCUUCCAGCCACUUYCUGGCUGUCGGAUUAUGGACCAUUUCAAGAAUUGCCUUCUCCUGUAGUUGAGAUAAAGUACAAAGAAUUCCCGAGGACAUUCCAGGARAUCUGGACUACCGUAUCUCCAGAAGGUGUUUGCAGUGUACAUUUUGACUUCAUGAACGGUGCCAUGAGUACUAGCCAAUGCAAAAGACUUCACAUGGUCCUCAAGAAUUUGGAACAGGAUGAUCGUAUCAAGGUUAUUGUUCUAAAGGGUGGAUAUGAUUUCUUCAGCAAUGGAAUCCACCUUAAUGUCAUCGAGAGUUNAAUUACUAGCAAAGGCAGCUUGAACCCUCGACGGUACGAAACAGUUUGGUUAUUAAAAGAAUAUUAG